AUGCUACGUCUAUCACUCCAGGACCUUAUCCUUCGAGUGAAAAUAUGCAAUCUAGGAGAUAUUGAAGGCACACUAUCCGAAGCAAUGGAUCCUCCAUCUUCAAAAAAUAUCCGGCGCGCUAUUAAAUCAUUGAAGACGGUGAAAGCUCUUACUGGAACUGAGACAUUAACACCACUAGGGAAGCAAUUGGCUAAGUUGCCGCUGGAUGUGUUCCUCGGCAAGCUCAUCCUAUACGGAGCUUUUUUCAAAUGCGUGGAUGCAGCCGUGAGCAUUGCGGCAAUACUUUCUAGCAAAUCGCCUUUCUUGAACGAUCUCAAUCGUAAAAGCCAGAUCGAAGCUUCAAGAAAAGCAUUCGAACAAGGCAAUUCUGAUCUACUUACGGUUUACAACGCCUACUGUGCAUGGAAAAAGCACCGAGCAGAUAAGAAUGAGUUCAGUUUCUGCAGAAAAAAUCACCUGAGCCCCCAAGCAUUGCUCAACAUUGAAGAUGUGAAGACACAGCUUCUGGUGUCCGUGGCGGAUACCGGGUUACUGAAGUUAAAUAAUGAAGACCAAUUGGCGUUAAAUAGAGCAAGAUACACCGGACGCAAACGACAGUUCUUCAUUGCCCCCAAACAAGUGGAUAUCAACAGCAACAACGAUACGAUCGUCAAUUCGGUGAUUGCCUGGAGUUUUUAUCCAAGACUCCUCACCCGUCAUGGUAAAGGGUGGAGAAACGUGAGCAACAACCAGUCUGUUGUUCUGCAUUCAGCUUCAGUGAACAAACACACGGAAAAUUUGCCGAAGUGGCUCUCCUACUAUCAUAUUUUGCAGUCUCGGAACGGAAACUAUAAUGCACAUGAGACCAGUGCCGUGGAAGAGCUUGCAAUUGCGCUGUGCUGUGGAGAUGUAGAAUUCAAGAUGUACGCUGGAAUCAUAUCUCUCGAUGGCAACCGGGUUAGGUUCAGGGUGCGCGACUGGAAGACCAUGCUUGCUCUCCGGGUUUUAAGCACUCGGAUCAGAGAAGUCAUUGCCCAGUCACUCAAGACCCCGAAGAAAGAACUCUCCGCGGAUCAUAAGCAGUGGCUUGGUCUAUUUUUACAAGUUCUAGAGGCAAAAAAGAAACCAGACAGUUCGGAAUACAUAACGAUGUGA